AUGGAUCAACAGGAAAGGAAGGAGCGAUUUAAUGAAACAUUGGCCGGUCGCGUGAUGUCGGAAUACAUAAGGAUUAUAAACAUACCAAUCAGGAUGAAAAAGGACUUGGACUUACUAAUGGACGAUAUCAAAAAUCUGUUGGGAUACGAUCGGAGCGAGGAUCGUACCCCAUUCUCAUGGCCUCGCCCUUUUGGUGUGGGAUCCACAACAAUGGGAAUAACAAGGUAUAACAAUGAAAACGGUACCAAGAUUCUCAUUAUGCAGGAACAAACGACCAGACAAACUGAUCUCAACCGCUUGUGCUUGUUACUACGUAUUCAAAUCAAGGAAUGUUACCAGAACGCGAAAAAACGUGCCCCAGAAAUUCGCAUCAGACACAAUAAAGUGGAAAUCAAUGGAGUAGGGACCUACGAUCCUGUAGUACUUUGUCACCGUUUGAAGUGGAAGGUACCUGAGUGGCAUGGAACGCCGCUUGAAGAGUUAAUGGAUCUCCGUUCAAAAAAAGAGCAAGAGGCUGGUAGCUUGGUUCUGGGUGACCUCGCGUUACCUGGGCUUACUGCUGAGGAGCAAGCAGAAGAGAGAAUGUUGCAAGCUAAUAAGGAAACUCUGCAACUCACCAUAACUUCACAAUAA